AUUAUUAAAUCAAAUUACCUUUAAGAAGUAAUGUCAUGAACGUAUGCUAUUUUAUCAUAUCGUUACAUUAAUCGUCGAACGCGCUGCUAUGAAAACUUUUGUUGUUUGGAUUUUAAUGAGCUUCAAAAUGGCGCACGCAGCUCAAUUCUUUCCUGACUUGGACAUGAAACUUCGAUCAUCGCUGUGUGUUUGGAUAAGAUCAUGAUCUAAUCUAAUUCCAAUAUUUGCAUCGAUAUUCAUGCAGAAUAGAUUAUGGGGAAUACGACAGUUGUAGCUACAGGUGUAAAAAAUCAAGGCGAUGCUGAAGCCAACAAACUUUAUCAACUUGUGGAUUUAAAAGGUGGUGGCGAGCUUGUAGAAAUGGCAAAAGUUGCUCGAUGGACGAAAAACUGGGCAGAUUUGGAUGAAAGAAUACAAAGAGAUGUCAAACCAUUUUUAUAUCAUGGAGGCCAGGGUAAAUAUAUACCUAUUGUUGACCUGGUGAAGAUCAGAAAUAAAGACAGGCAGAAGAGUGGUAUAAAGGCCAGUAAGAACAAACAGAAGUCUGCACAAGAUCAGGCCAGGAUAGAUAACAUCAUGCAGUUGGAAAUCAAUCAGAUUGAUGGCUUCCUUUCAAGACAUGAUCAUAAGUCUCGCUUUCAGUGUUGGGACCUAGAGAAAAGAGGCACUGUUGGAGAGAAUAUAUUACAUUUAUGUUUGCUGAAUGCCACACAGACACACGCUGAUCUUGCCAAGAGACUUUUAAUGUUUUUCCCUAAGAUGCUGAAUGACAUUUAUGUUGGAGAAGAAUAUUAUGGGGAGAACAUUCUUCAUAUAGCAAUAGUCAAUGAGGAUCCAGCAAUGGUAAAGUUUCUGUUAGAUAAAGGAGUUGAUUUUGAAGCCAGAGUCUGUGGCAACUUCUUCACACCAGAUGACCAGAAGAGUUCCAGGACAGACUCCCUUGAUCACGAAUGGGUCAAUGUUUGUAAAGAGACAAACUAUGAAGGUAAUGUGUAUUGGGGUGACUAUCCUCUUAGUUUUGCUGCCUGCCUCAACCAGGAGGAAUGUGUUCGACUACUUAUAGCUAAAGGUGCAAACCCCAACCUACAAGAUUGCAAUGGAAACACAGUGAUGCACAUGCUAGUUAUCUAUGACAACAUGCAAAUGUUUGACCUACUGCAUAGUUUUGGUGGCAGACUUGAUAUAAAAAACAGACAAAAUCUUACUCCACUUACUUUGGCUGCUAAGCUGGCCAGGAAAAAUAUGUAUGAACACAUAUUAGAAAUGGUAAGGGAAGUCUAUUGGCUGUAUGGCAAUGUUACAUCUGCUGGUUACCCAUUGAGUGAUGUGGAUACAAUAUCUCGGACAGGGGAGAUCAACAUGGACUCCGCACUUCAUCUUAUUGUAAAAGGGAAUCUUGAAGGUCAUCUUGAAAUGAUGGACGGUGUCAUAGUCAAACUUUUGCAAGAGAAAUGGAAAACAUUUGUAGGCUUCAGAUUCUACAGAAGAUUUAUUCUAUUCAUUUUAUACUUCAUCUGCUUUGCUGUUGCUUUUGGUUUGCGGCGAGGUGAAAACCCUUGUACCACUGACCAGUCCAGUCCAUUGCCCAGCUUCUGUGACCUUUAUAGUAACCAAACUGAAGCUGAUUCCUGCUAUCUUCUUGUUCCUUAUCAAGUCAUAGAUAUUGCUCGAAUGACUUUAGAGAGUAUAACUCUGGUAGCAGCAGUCAUCUACAUUUUUCUAGCAUUGAAGGAAAUUUACCAUCAAGGGUUUAAAGUGUUCUUCUCCACUUUGACAGGUGCUCCUGCCAAAACUCUUUUCUUGAUGUCCUGUUUAUUUGUGAUUGCCAUGUUACCAGGCAGAGCAGCUUGCUGUCCCACGUUUGAAGAUAUUGUUGGCGUCAUGGCCAUUUUGUGCACAGCUCCGUACUUUUUAUUCUUCUGUAGAGGCUUUCGUAUUGUUGGACCUUCAAUAGUCAUGAUCUAUAACAUGAUUCGCAGAGACCUGCUUCAGUUUUUUAUCAUCUAUGUUGUGUUUAUUAUUGGUUUCUCACAGUCUGUUUAUGUUGCUUUCCAUUCCGACCCAACUUGUUCAAACUGCACAAAACUAGACAACUGCACAGUGUUCUGCAAUCCCAUGGAUGCUGUGGUUGGGAUGUUCUCUAUGUCAGUAGGAGAUUUUGAAGAUCUCUAUUCCUUGUUUAGAGGUCUGCCGCAUCCUUACCGAAACACAAUCAAAAUAAUUUUCAUUGUCUACAUGAUCAUGGUAGCUAUACUUCUAAUCAAUAUGCUAAUUGCCAUGAUGGCCAGAACAUAUGAAAUGGUCACCAAUACACAGAAAGAAUGGUUUCGACAGUGGGCCAACAUUGUUCUUGUUGUGGAGCAGACAGUCACUACAGAAAGUAGGAGACAGCAGAUGAUCAAAUACUCUGUUCCUUUUGGAGACAAUGAAAGAGCUUUAAUGAUUCGUUGGCAUCAAUCUGAAAAAGAAAAAGAAGAACUUAAAUUUAUCAGAAACAAAAACAAAAUAUCCCAAAAAGCCAUGGCAUCACUCAAGUCUAGAGACCGUCGCUCAAGCAUCCGUAAGAUGAUGCCAAACACAGAAAUUUCUUUUAGCAAUGCUCAGAGUGGACGUUUUAACAUUUGAUUCAUCCUUGAAGCAAUAUCAUUUAGUAGUUUUAAAUCCAGGGCAUUUUAAAAUGCAAGAUAGAAUAUUUUCCACCUGAGUGCAAUUUUCCUAUUUUUUGUAGACCAUUAUCACUUCAUCUAAUAAUCUUGAUAUAUUAACAAAUUUAUUUUACAGUCUGUAUAAUUAUUCAACUUUGACAGCAUUUCAUUUUUCAAUUUUAUCCAUGUGCCGGUCUUGUAUUUUCUAUUACAUACUAAUUCUUAUUAGUAGCACUUGAUCUAUUUCUAAGAAAUGUUAGUGUGAUGGCGUUUCUUGGUAUUCUCCAUAAAAAUCUAGUAAAAGUUUUGAUAAUGUCAAUCUUCCUGUCACUUUAAAUGGUUGGUGGACCUUUUGUUGUUUUUUUUCUUCUGUGAUAUCAGUCUGUGUUUUAAAAGGAAAUCAAAGUAUUGGUGCACCAGAUAAUUUCUAAACAUCUAUACAUCUGUUGUAUAGAAACAUUUCUUAAAUAGACUCAUUGUUUAAAUAUUUAGUUUGCACAAAUUGACUGAACACUUUUUUCCCUGUUGAACACCUUUUCUUCUUUCCCUUUCUUUUUCUACUUUUGUUAAAACUGAAACAGAUUCACAAGUGAGUAACUUAUAUUUUUUCCUUCACUUGCUUUUUACGUGCAACUAUCUAUCGUAUCUUAUAAACUACAGACAUUCCAUAAAUAAAGAAGAUGAUUGCGUCUGUUAUAAGAAUUACAACUUAGAAUUAAAAUAAUUACUCAGAAAGAAAUAGAACUUUUGCCUCUAAAAUGUAUUUUAUUUGUUUAAAAUAUGUGUUGAGCAAAAAUUUCAGACAUCUUAACAUCCAAGUGAACUUUAUUAUUGCAUUUCAUCAUUUGUGGUUUUACAAGAAAAAUUAUUUUCUGAAAAAACUUUUAAGGGUAAGAAGGAAAUUGACAAUUUUAUUAUUUUUUUUUAUAAAUAAUUAGAACAAAAAAAAUAUUAAAAAAAAAAAAAAUAUUUAUAUUAAAACAUUUAACAUACGGUAGUGCAGCAGUUAACAAUAUAAGAUAUGUAUAAAUUAUUAUUUUUUCCACAUGCUUUUUCCAAAUAUUUGUUGAAUUCAUUUCCCAUGUUGUUCUUGCACUUCCCAAUUCAUAUGUCUUUUAAAUGUUGUCUGUGACCCAUGUAAUAUUAAAUGUUUUGAUGUUCA